GCAGGACUCUACCCCACAUUCUACCCCGGGGUGAAAGUAAGCCAGGACGGUCUGGCACGGCGUCCCGGCAAAAUAAGUAGUGGGGGUACUCCGUACUGGUAAAACAUGAGCCUAUCACUAUUAACACAAAAUGGCAAGAAAACUAUUGGCUAUUAUGGCAUUAUUUAACAUGACCUAAUGUCAGCUACAUGAAAAAUGAGUGAAUUGACUUUAAACCGGGUGGUAUACGCCUCAAAUUGUGUUGUGGUUCGAGGAGAACACUUACAUGCCUUGGAGAUGAGAGGCCGAGAACGAAACACGGUGGACAAGGUGAAGAUGAGAGGCCGAGAACGAAACACGGUGGACAAGGUGGAGAUGAGAGGCCGAGAACGAAACACGGUGGACAAGGUGGAGAUGAGAGGCCGAGAACAAAACACGGUGGACAAGGUGGAGAUGAGAGGCCAAGAACGAAACACGGUGGACAAGGUGGAGAUGAGAGGCCAAGAACGAAACACGGUGGACAAGGUGGAGAUGAGAGGCCGAGAACAAAACACGGUGGACAAGGUGAAGAUGAGAGGCCGAGAACGAAACACGGUGGACAAGGUGAAGAUGAGAGGCCGAGAACGAAACACGGUGGACAAGGUGGAGAUGAGAGGCCAAGAACGAAACACGGUGGACAAGGUGGAGAUGAGAGGCCGAGAACAAAACACGGUGGACAAGGUGAAGAUGAGAGGCCGAGAACGAAACACGGUGGACAAGGUGAAGAUGAGAGGCCGAGAACGAAACACGGUGGACAAGGUGGAGAUGAGAGGCCAAGAACGAAACACGGUGGACAAGGUGGAGAUGAGAGGCCAAGAACGAAACACGGUGGACAAGGUGGAGAUGAGAGGCCAAGAACGAAACACGGUGGACAAGGUGGAGAUGAGAGGCCGAGAACGAAACACGGUGGACAAGGUGGAGAUGAGAGGCCGAGAACGAAACACGGUGGACAAGGUGGAGAUGAGAGGCCAAGACCGAGGCGCGCGACUAACAGUGGGUGUAUCAAUUCAGGCUACAAGUUUAGGCCUAAUGACAAUGCCAUUAGAAUACAUGUGGGUGUUUUGUAACAGAUGUCUCUUUCCAUUCAUCAGUGCACUGUUGGGAUUUGGAUGCUGGAAUUAUUUUGUGAGUGGACGAACGUGUACUGUUAGUCUACAGGACUGCUUUUUUGAAGUGAUUAUUUGUUUGACAAUCAGAUGAAAACAUGACUGGUUGUGUUUAUACCACAUUAAAAGGCAUAGGCGGUGUGUCCAUAAGGCUAGGGGAAGCUUUCACUGAAGUAAAUUUGAAAUAAAUUGCCAAAAUUAUAUCACCUAAUUAGCCUUACUCCUGUCUAUACAGAAAUAAAUCAAAUCAUAAAAAUAGGCUACUACACCAGAAAGCACGAUUUGGCCACAGAGAAUCAUUAGCUUCUUUUUGUUUUGUAUAGCCUACAGUUGGAAGGGCCCGCAAUUUGGGCAGCAUGUGGCAAAUGCCACAUUUGAGUUGCAACUGUCAGUGAAAAGCAGAGAGACCCAGGCAGACGAUAAUUAAAAAAAAUGUUUUUGUUGAAAAACAAAUGGCUAUAUCUGUGAAGAGAUUGAGCAAACAGUAGCCUAUCUUUUUUUAGCAGGCAGGUCAGUUCAUUUAGAGUGUUUUCUAUCCUAAUCUGCCAAUUAUAUGCAUAUUCUAGCUUCUGGGCCUGAGAAAUAGGCAGUUUCAUUUGGGUACGUUUUUCAUCCAAACACUGCCCCCUCGUCUCAAGAGGUUAAGAACCAGUUCCUAUUUACAAUGACAGCCUAUGGACAGUGGGUUAACUGCCUUGUUCAGGGGCCGAACAACAGAUUGUCAGCUCGAGGAUUCCAUCCACCAUUCUUUCAGUUGCUGGCCCAACGCUCUAACCACUAGGCUACCUGCUGCUCUUAUUGGCACCAGUGGACCAGUGGAGAACAUCGCCCAUAUCCCUGGUCAGUCUGCAUAUUCACUUUAUCAUUGGGUCGGUGCCACUUUUGUUUGUUUUUGGACAAUAAUUUCCUCCUCCAGGUUAGAUGUACUAUAUUGUAUUUUAUGUUUCCCCUUUUCGUAGGCCCAUUAUAUGGAUGAGACAACGUUGUUUAAAUUACCCUGUAAUUUUUGUUGUAUAAAAAAAUAUUCUGCUAAUGUCACCAGUCAUAAAAAGUGUCGUAGAAAUGCAUGAAAGGCCAACAUUUUCCUAUGGUUGGAAAGGGGGAGAAGUGUAUCUGAUAUAGCCUAGAGUCUAGGCUUACUCUAUCCAUAACGUACUGCAUUCAAGUAUUUUUUAUGAACAUUUAUUUUUAUAUUAUUAGCUUAAAUUAUGACUAUCCAAUCUAAUCAUCACAUUAGGAAUAGUAGGAUAUCUUUAAUAAGUCUGCAAAUGUGAGGAUGGAUGGAAUGCUUUCUUAUAAAGGUACAUUUUUAUGGUGAAAAUUAGCUUCCCCAAACUUGAAACCCAUGUGCUGCCUAUGUUAACAGAUCUAACAUGGUCCUCCCGAGUGGCGCAGUGGUCUAAGGCACUGCAUUGCAGAGCUUGAGGUGUCACAGACCCGGGUUUGAUCCCAGGCUGUGUCACAGCUGGCAGUGACUGGGAGACCCAUGAGGUGGUGCACAAAUGGCCUUUCGUCGUCUGGGUUAGCAGAGGGUUUGGCCAGCCGGUAUUUCCUUGUCCCAUUGCAUUCUAGUAACUCCUUGCGGGUCGAGUGCCUUCAAGCUGACAUUGGACCCCUGAAAGCUGACUUUGGUCGCCAGCUGGACAGUGUUUCCUCUUCCGGGUUAAGCGAGCACUGUGUCAAGAAGCAGUGUGGUUAGGCAGGGUCUUGUUUCGACCUUCGCUUUUUCCAAGUUCGUCGGGCAGUGAUGGGACAAGACUGUAACUACCAAUUGGGGAUAAUUAUUUAAUAAACAAAAACAGGUAUAACAUGUUAAAAGUGAUAAGACAAAUCUUUACUAGGCCCACAGAGAUCAUAUUUGAAAUUAAUAAGGAUUCUAUAUGUAAUUAUAUGUAAUUAUUAAUUAUAUAAUUACACAUAUAAAAAAAAGUGUGUGCGCGAUCCCGUAAGAAAUGGAAUCUACUUUUACCCCUGAUUCUACCUCACACGUACACAAUACACGUACACAAUACACGUACACAAUACACGUACACAAUACACGUACACAAUACACGUACACAAUACACGUACACAAUACACGUACACAAUACACGUACACAAUACACGUACACAAUACACGUACACAAUACACGUACACAAUACACGUACACAAUACACGUACACAAUACUUGUACACAAUACUUGACUUUGGUUAUAAAGACAGUGUAUGUAUUUUGAGGAAGUGAUCAGCACCUCUCACUCUCUCUUUAUUUGUCCUUCCUCCCAGCCC